ACGCCCUUGGCGCCGCAGGGCAGUGGGGCCGGCACGCCGGGGCGCAGUGUGCAGGCGCGGAAAGCAGGCGGCAGUCUGGCCCCACGGCGCGCCGGGCGCUGGCGCAGGCGAGCUCUGGGGGCCGCGGGCUGCGAGGCCCGGCUGCGGGCGGCAGGAGGCAGCGUCGGCCCAGGCGGCGAGGCAGCGCGCGGUGAUGUCAGUGGCGGCCCGGCUGGCAGCAGCCGGUACUUCCUGUAUAAAGGCGGGCGGGCUCGGCUGCAAACCCCACUAGCCAGUGUCAGCCUCUCGGCGGGAGGAGGAGGCGGCGGAGGAGGAGCAGGGGGAGGGCUGUCAAAUUCGGGAGCCAGAUUUUUUUCCCUUCCCCUGGCAAUCCCUUCCGCUUCCCCGGCUCCUGGCGUGACAUCUGUGGACCCGGGACCUGUAUGUGUGUGCGCGCGAAGGAGCGGAAGAAUGGCAGUGCUCAAACUCACCGACCAGCCACCCCUGGUCCAAGCAAUCUUCAGCGGUGAUCCAGAGGAGAUACGGAUGCUCAUCCACAAAACCGAAGAUGUGAAUGCUCUGGAUUCUGAGAAGCGAACCCCGCUUCAUGUGGCUGCGUUUCUGGGAGAUGCAGAGAUCAUUGAACUCCUGAUUCUGUCAGGAGCUCGUGUAAAUGCCAAGGACAACAUGUGGCUGACCCCACUGCACCGGGCUGUUGCCUCUAGAAGUGAAGAAGCAGUGCAAGUAUUGAUUAAGCACUCGGCUGACGUCAAUGCGAGGGACAAGAACUGGCAGACCCCCCUCCACGUGGCAGCUGCCAAUAAGGCUGUCAAGUGUGCAGAAGUGAUCAUUCCCCUGCUGAGCAGCGUCAACGUCUCUGAUCGAGGGGGGCGCACAGCCUUGCACCAUGCUGCCCUGAAUGGCCAUGUGGAGAUGGUCAACUUACUCUUGGCCAAAGGAGCAAACAUCAACGCAUUUGACAAAAAGGACCGGCGUGCUCUGCACUGGGCAGCAUAUAUGGGCCACCUGGAUGUUGUGGCAUUGCUCAUUAACCACGGCGCAGAAGUGACUUGUAAGGAUAAGAAGGGUUAUACCCCCCUGCACGCUGCAGCCUCCAACGGACAGAUCAACGUUGUCAAACAUCUCCUGAAUCUAGGGGUGGAGAUUGAUGAAAUCAACAUCUAUGGAAACACGGCCCUUCACCUGGCCUGCUACAACGGGCAAGAUGCUGUAGUUAAUGAGCUGACUGACUACGGUGCUAACGUGAACCAGCCCAACAACAGCGGGUUCACCCCUUUGCAUUUCGCUGCUGCCUCCACACACGGUGCUUUGUGUCUGGAACUAUUGGUAAACAACGGGGCGGAUGUUAACAUCCAGAGUAAAGAUGGCAAAAGUCCACUGCACAUGACAGCUGUCCAUGGAAGGUUCACACGGUCACAAACUCUCAUUCAGAAUGGAGGUGAAAUUGACUGUGUGGAUAAGGAUGGCAACACUCCUCUCCAUGUGGCUGCAAGAUACGGUCAUGAGCUUUUGAUUAACACCUUAAUAACCAGCGGAGCUGACACGGCCAAGUGUGGAAUCCAUAGCAUGUUCCCCUUACAUUUAGCUGCCCUAAAUGCUCACUCUGACUGCUGCAGAAAGCUGCUAUCAUCGGGCUUUGAAAUAGACACCCCAGAUAAAUUUGGAAGAACGUGCCUUCAUGCUGCCGCUGCAGGAGGUAACGUGGAAUGUAUAAAACUCUUGCAGAGCAGCGGAGCAGAUUUCCAUAAAAAGGACAAGUGUGGGAGGACGCCUUUGCACUAUGCAGCUGCAAAUUGUCAUUUCCAUUGUAUUGAGACAUUAGUGACCACAGGGGCCAACGUUAAUGAAACAGAUGACUGGGGACGGACAGCUUUGCACUAUGCUGCUGCAUCAGACAUGGAUAGAAAAAGUAAGACUAUCUUAGGAAAUGCCCAUGAAAAUUCAGAAGAACUUGAAAGAGCCAGAGAGCUGAAGGAAAAGGAAGCCGCAUUAUGUCUAGAGUUUCUGCUUCAAAAUGAUGCAAACCCAUCUAUCCGGGACAAAGAAGGUUACAAUAGCAUACAUUAUGCUGCUGCCUAUGGCCACAGACAAUGUCUGGAAUUGCUUUUGGAAAGAACCAACAAUGGUUUUGAAGAAUCAGAUUCCGGUGCUACCAAGAGUCCGCUCCACUUAGCUGCCUACAACGGGCACCACCAAGCCUUGGAAGUCCUUCUGCAGUCGCUGGUGGACCUGGACAUCAGGGAUGAGAAAGGCCGCACUGCUCUGGACCUGGCUGCCUUUAAGGGACACACAGAAUGCGUGGAAGCACUUAUCAAUCAGGGCGCAUCCAUCUUUGUGAAAGACAAUGUAACCAAAAGAACCCCACUUCAUGCCUCAGUAAUUAAUGGUCAUACACUGUGUUUGCGGCUAUUACUAGAAAUUGCAGACAACCCAGAAGCAAUUGAUGUGAAAGAUGCCAAAGGACAAACCCCACUGAUGCUUGCAGUAGCAUAUGGCCACAUUGAUGCUGUUUCAUUGUUGCUGGAAAAGGAAGCAAAUGUAGAUGCUGUUGACAUCAUGGGCUGCACAGCUUUACACAGAGGGAUUAUGACAGGCCACGAGGAAUGUGUGCAAAUGCUGCUGGAACAAGAAGUGUCGAUUCUCUGUAAAGAUUCCAGAGGGAGGACACCCCUGCACUACGCGGCGGCUCGUGGCCAUGCCACAUGGCUGAGCGAGCUGCUCCAGAUGGCACUUUCCGAGGAGGACUGUUCUUUCAAAGAUAACCAAGGCUACACGCCACUGCACUGGGCUUGUUACAAUGGUAAUGAAAACUGUAUAGAGGUACUUUUGGAGCAAAAAUGUUUUCGAACAUUUAUCGGUAAUCCCUUUACUCCACUGCACUGUGCAAUAAUAAACGAUCAUGAGAAUUGUGCGUCAUUGCUACUUGGGGCCAUAGAUUCCAGCAUUGUCAAUUGCAGAGAUGACAAAGGCAGGACACCGCUUCAUGCGGCAGCAUUUGCUGAUCACGUGGAGUGCUUGCAGCUUCUUCUGAGACACAGUGCCGAAGUGAACGCAGCAGACAAUUCAGGGAAAACAGCACUGAUGAUGGCUGCUGAGAAUGGGCAGGCAGGCGCUGUGGAUAUCUUGGUGAACAGUGCCCAGGCUGAUCUGACUGUAAAGGAUAAAGACUUGAACACAUCCUUACAUUUGGCUAGUAGCAAAGGUCAUGAAAAAUGUGCCUUGUUAAUACUUGACAAGAUACAGGACGAGAGCCUUAUUAAUGCAAGAAAUAACGCACUGCAGACACCCCUCCACGUGGCUGCACGAAAUGGCUUGAAGGUGGUAGUUGAGGAGUUGUUGGCCAAAGGGGCCUGUGUACUCGCUAUAGAUGAAAAUGGUAUUGGAACUAGCAGCCCAUGCCUAUUUCUCAGAAGUCAUACCCCGGCCCUGGCUUGCGCUCCUAACAAAGACGUGGCUGACUGCCUGGCCCUCAUUUUGGCUACCAUGAUGCCUUUUUCUCCUCCCAGUACAAUGACGGCUGUCAACUUCGUUUGUUUUAAAAAAGACAAUUUGAGCAGGACGACCCUCUCCAAUCUGGGUAGUAUGGUUAGCCUGUGCAGUAACAACGUAGGCUCAGAGGACGGGUACAAUGAAAAUGAUUCUGAUUCAGAAACGUUUUGACUUUGGACUGUAGAAGCUUUUCCCUCAUCACCCAUAAUGGAAGAAGGGAAAGAAAUUUGACUUCCAGGUUUAUGUUGUGUUCAAGUGUUAUCAUGGGCCUGGGCUUCCAGAAGCCUGUAGAGAAGGAAUUAAUCAAACCCAGAGAGGGCAGCUAGGCUGUAGGACAAAGCACUCACACAGAUGGGCGCCAAUUUUUAUUUGUCUUUAUGUUUUCCUUAGAUCUAAGAUACUUCUGUGAAAGUCUACCUCUCAUUUUAAAAAAGAAGUAAAAAAUGCAUUUAAUUCUUUUUCUUUUGGCAUAAUGCAAUUGAGAAGGGAGCGGUUCUCUAUAAAGAAUUUUUUUUCAUAUACUCACCCAGUUGUGAGUUCUAAGAAGCAUAUCAGUAUGACAUUCAUGUCCCCUGGGAGGGGAUGGAAGGUAUGGAUAGGAAUUGCCUCAAAUCUCUUCUCACUUUGAUGUUUACUUCCUUACUAGAAGCCAAAGGUAAAGGUGUUCAUCUUCAGAAAUGAUGCCUGUAAUAAUCUUUUUGAGGGAGUCCAAUUAUUCAUAUAUCUUCUCUAUAAUACGCACUUAAAUAUCCAGAACUUCUUUCCAAGGAUUUUGUCAAAGUUGCCAGAUGAAUGGAAAAAUUCACUGAAAAUUGAAGUUGCUUUUUUCAUUUAACACAAAUAUGGCACCGAAUACUCCCUGUAACAAGUCUGUGAGUAGUUUUCACCCGACUGAUUGAAUCCAAAUCUAUGUAAUAAAAGUUCAGGUGAAAAGUUGUAUUGCACCAAAACUUUAAGACAUAUGCAAAUUUAAUAUGAAACUACCCUUUAUUUAUUUGUUAAUUCAUCCUUAAAUCAGAAUGCUAACUUUUUAAAAAACAUCAGAACCAUCGACCUUGUUUAUCAGUAGUAAAACGUUAAAUGAGCUUCUCAGUCAAGGUCAUGCCAAGUGAGUGGAAGUGUGACUACAGAAGGAAGCAAAGGAGGUGAAAGCAGAAAGUAGAAAUGGGUGAUGUGGAAAUUAAAGCCAACUGAUAGUUACUUGAUGAUCAAAUCAACAUAGUGAAUACUGCGUCUGCUCCCUCUGCCAAAGCUUCUAGGUCAAAUGGACCCCGUUCUGCACCUGGAAUAGCUGUACAAAAAGAAGAAUGAAACUCUUUAAACAUUAUGCACCUACACACGCACACAUAGAUGUAUAUGUGUGUGUGUAUAUAUAUAUGUCUGUAGUUCAUCAACCAGCUAUACGUGAGGACCAAAAUGCUUCAGUCUAAAAUGGAAGAAUUUAAUUGUUUUCCUUCAAAAUGGAAAUGAGAACUGAAGUAGCUUUUCUAUGGAGUUCAACUGUAAUCUUUUUGUGUAACAGUCUUUGUUGUAUUUUAUAUUUCUUAUGACACAGAUUUCUAGUUGAUGACUUAACAUUGUAACUGAGGAUGUGUUGACCAAGGCUUUUUUUUUUUUUUACCAAACUAGAGAAAAUGUUCAUAUACUUUUGAUGUAAAUGUGUUUGUAUUUAUUUGAAAUGAAACAAAUGUCGAGGAACAUCUGUUGUUUGUUCUCUGUGUUAAUUGCUGUGUGCGUGACUUGGAGUAACAAAAAAGCAGAAAAACCCUCUGAACCCUCUCUGGGCUAGCCAGCAGUCCUGGGCUAACCCUUGCUAAGGUUGCCAGCCGACCCUCAGGUUCUUCCGCGUCGGUUGGAGAGGGGUGCGACAUCCAGGGCUCAGCCCCAGUCUGUAGCCAGCCUUGAGAGCCUAGGAGACACUGCCGUCCUUAAAGCUCUUCUGCGAGAUGAAAACUCAGGUGGGUGGUGGAUCAUAUGCACAAAGGUGGCCCAAAGAAAGAUGCAGGAACUAUUCUGAGCACGCUGAAAAUCUCACGUGGUCCCCCAAACGGAAUGGGAAAUGGUAUCAGUGUGUGAGUCCAUGUACCAAGAGAAGAAAUACAAAUCACCAGCUCAAGUGCUAUUUUCCGCUUGAGGAAGAAACCGGAGAGAAACGUGUUGCAUUCGGGCGGGACUCUGACGUUUUAUAAUCAGUUCCAUUUUCACCCUGGAAAUUUCUCUUUUAUAGCGUGUGUGAGAUAUUUUUAAAACAGUGUUCUAUCAUAUCUGGAUCAAAUACACAUACCGUAUUAUAUUUUUCAUCUAACUGUAAAAGACUUUACUCUUACUCUUUUAAUAUUCUGGAUUUAAUUAAAAACUCACGUUGGAUUCUUCACAGAUGAGAACUUGUUCAAAGGACUUCUAGAAUUGAUAUUAAUUCCACUGACGAUUUUUGACACCACCAACAUUGUUUUUUAAAUUCUUGGUGUUGUGCUCCCCUCCUUCCUCUGUCCUUUUUGUUUGUUUAGGGAAUAUGAAUUUUUAAAAAGUAGAUAAAUUGCUAAUGAGCAAUAAUGACCUUGUCUUUACCAAAACACUGAAAGUAAGGGAGAUCCAAUGCUAAAAAAAAAAAGCACGAUAUACUGUGGUGUCUUUUCUAGAAGUGAAUGGAAAUCUUGCUCCAUUGGCAUUUAAAGCAGGAAAGGAAAUGCCUGCUUUUAGUGGGUGAAGCAGCGUUCACAUUUUUCCUGCAGAGUAGCCUAGAGAUACAAGGAAGGUUGCAGCAAAGCGGUGGCGGCCAUGGACAUUUCUCUCCAUGUAGCUGCAUUUUGACUUCUCCCCUCUCUCACUGAUAGAGGGAGGACAAAGGAACAAAAUGAAAUCAUGCUCACUCUGAAUUGUUCAUUGAAUCAGAUCUCUCUCCCACACUCUCAGUUUCUCCAUUCCCCAAGACCAAAUUUUUUUCUUUAGGAAAUGACUUUUAAAACUCUGAGUUCUGUGUGUUUCAAGUACAUCUUGUAGAAAUAAAACUAGAUUUGCAGCAUAGCUUUCUAAGAAAAAAAAAAUUAUGCUUUUAACUGAGUCUUAGCUGUUUAGCGCUUUUACCUAAAUGUGUUGUUUUUGGACUGUAUUUUAACCACAGCCACAGGGAUCAUGUUUCAUUGCACUUAACCUAUUCGCCGUGUCUGCCUAUCCUUGGUAAAUACAUUACUAUCUCCAAAUUGCCUAAAAUCUGCUAUGAUUCUACAGUAAAAAGCUCAGGGGAUUUCUAUUUAUCACUACUAAAAGGGCACCAUAGUAUGUUUUGGUACUUUAGGCAGUAAACAGCUGCUUGAUUUUUUAUUUUAUUAUAAGAUUAGAAUAAGAACAUCAAAUGGAUUUGCUGCACUCGUUAUUCUUUGUACUGUUGAGCAACUUGGUUUGCUUAUCUGUUGCAUUGGUUGAAGAACUCACCCCCUUUUUUGUCUUGUAAUAUGAAGUUAGAGUGCCUUUUUAUAUUUGUAUAUUCUGAAAAUGUUCUGUGAAAUGUUUUGUAUUUUUUUCGUUUGAGUGUUAUCGGAGCAAUAUAAUACCAGUGAGUUUUCAUUUCAGCCUUUCUUUGAAUGUAUAAAGUGUCUUUUUUUCCUAUUUCCCCUUUACCUGCUUUGAAAUGAAAAUGCCGAAAUUUUCUAUGGGAAUUAUGUUGAAUUUUGCAGUGCUAAAAUGCUUUCUUCUUACAAAACUGUAAACCAUAGGUCAAUGUUCUAGGGGAAAAGCGUUUUAAGAUAGUGACAAUCUGAGUGUGUGUAAAAAUGUAAUUUUAUGCGUUUCUUAUGCAGUGAUCUAAAAAUUCAAUGCAAAUAUCUUUUGUUUGGUAGUUUCGUCUACAUAUUUUAUGCUUUAGCAUGUGCAAUAUAUCUUUGCAAAGCACGAUGAUACAAAUCUGGUGCCAGUGUUAUAUUUUGCAUAACAUAUUUGUAAUCGCAUAAAAUACUGUUUGAUGAUUUCAGUGGGAUUUUGUCUGUAAUGUUUUCUUAUGUAAAUUGGAGUUGAAUGACUCUGGUAAAUGUCAUGACUGUAAAAAUGAAGACAAUGACUUUUAGUUCAGUGAAUGACUUUGAACCAAUCUGAAUCUUUUCAAGCACAGUUUAAUACUUUUUCAACUACUGAAUGCUAAUAAUGUAAUGAAGUACUUAACUGUAAUAUACUAUGGAAAUGCAUUCAGAUGGUUAUUUUUACAAAUAAAAACGGUACAAAUAUUGUUACAA